CCUGCUGCUACUGUUCAUUUCCUCUGCUCAUGUUGUGGUUGACAUGCAAUGAAAGCUCCUGCUGGUGACAAUGCAGACAGGUUAGAGGUUUACACAACACAUGGCUGAACUUGUGAAGGGUUUGAGUAUUUUUCAGUGGCUUCAAACAGAAUAAAUAGUGGACAUAUCCGGACAGACUGCUUCACUGUUUUCUGACCAGCGUCCCAGUCAGUUAAAGGAUGGUUUUAAUCCAGCCGGUGUUCAUCAGUAAACACAGACUGCCGUUUACCCCUGCCCCGUACCUGAGACAAUGUUCCCCUCAGUAAGCAGAUGAUAUGUCUAAUUCCACCUGCCCAGGUCAGUCCCCAGACUGGUUCAACUACAUACUCAUCGGAGUUCUCUCCUUCACCAUCUUCACAGUGACACUGCUGGGGCUCGUGUGUCUCAGAAAAUAUCAUUUUUUGGCCCAUACCAUACGGGAGCUGCAGGGGAUCAAGACGUUGCCGAGUGCUGUCCCUCGGCCAGAAGCUCCCUUCGUACCUGUGAGGCCCAUCCCAGCGGUGGAGGAGGAGGGGGAGGAGGAGCUCCCUCUCCAGACUCCCCUGCAGCAGAGCAGCACAGUCAGGUCCUCAUCCAGGAGGCUGUGGAAAGGCCUGCAGCAGGUUCCUCAUUUCACUAAGUCAGACCUGAACCUGCUGCAGCUGAUCAAAGCAGGGAAGGAGGGCGUCUUCUACCAGGCCAGGAUGACCAGAGGGACGUGUAAAGGCCACAACAUGUUCACAUGCAAGAUCAGCAAGGAAGGCGUCCGUCCCAAGCAUGUGGACAUAGAGGUCUCCAUCAUGAGGAAACUGGUGCACCACAAGAACAUCCUCCAGUUACUGGACUGGAACACCACUGAGGAGCCUUACAUUCUGAUCAUGGAGUAUGUAAGCUACGGCACUCUGAGGACCUUCCUGCAGACCAACAGAGGCCACCUGAGUGCAGAUCCUGAACUGCAGAGCCUCUUCACCAUCGCCUCUUACCACAUCGCUCUGGCCAUGCAGCACCUACGCUCCAAAAUGAUUGUGCACUGUGACUUGGCUCUGAGGAAUAUCGUGGUCAAUAAGUUUCCCUGGGAGGUCAAGGUGGCAGAGUUCGGCCUGGCCCGAGACUUAACCCGCAUUACGAGUCGCCAUAGCAGCCGCUGGAGAAACCCACGGCAGCGAGUGCCGCUGCGCUGGUACCCACCUGAGUACUUCAAGAACAACUACUACAGCUUCAAAGGAGAUGUGUGGGCCUUUGGCAUCGUGCUGUGGGAGAUGCAGACAUUUGGUACCUUACCGUACCCAAACCUGGAGACAUCAGAGGCAGUGAUGUACCACAUCUGUAUCGGUCAUAAAAACACAAACCCUGAAGGCUGCAGACCAGAGAUAAUUGAUAUCAUGCAAGACUGUUGGCUGGAGCCGUACACUCUGAGACCUUCAUUCACAGACAUUGUCCACAUGUUGGAGAACAUCAUGGAAAACGAUGCAGAUUAUGUGGAUGUUGAGAGCCCACAGUUUUUGGUGCAAGAUGAGGCUGAAUAUCAUGAGGCAAAAUGUCUGCGAGCAGCCAGCAUCACCCUGGAUGAUAAAGAUCCAGUCUGAAAACAUUUACUGAGGCUUCAGACCAAGCGAUACACUGUACAUUUGAAAUCAAUACACAUAACUUUUUAGGCUACAUUUUACAGCUUCUCAAAUAUAGCAACUGUAAGAUGAUCACACACAAACAACCCAUCAGAGAACAGAAAUAACUACAACUGGAAAGUAGCAUAGUGUUGCAUGGAUGGUCUUCUAAGUCUUUUUGUGUGAUUCUGUAUUUACACUGUGCUUCCAUCAGUCAAACCAUAGUAUGAAAUGCACUUCAUUGCUCUGAAUGCACGUCAACCAUAUUUCUAUUGGCAGCAGUGAUUUUUUAAAAAUGUAAUAAUGAUGUGCAUUUGUCAGUAUUCUGUUUGUAAAUGUAUUAUUCAGUAAUCUAGAUUAAUGAUUAGGAUGUUUCAUCAUGUUUUGUUGGAAUGAUUUAUCAUCCUAAAUGUUUUAGACAAACUAUAUUUCUACCUGACUCAAUGACUGGGAUUUACAGCGUCAUGUGGAAAUGACUGUAGAAAGACAAAAUGUGUUUAUUGCUUAAAGACAACAGACUCUCCUCCUCUCUCUCUGACAAUAUAAAAUAUUUACGAUGAAUCAGACCUACAGAUCCACUUUUUAAGUGUGAAACAAAAAAUAAAAUCUAUAUCUUGGUAUUGA